CCCUAGUAAGUCAUCCUGCAACAUCGUCACUCUCUUCUUCUUCUUCUUCUUCUUACCGCGUCAAACUCACAGAAAACGUUAUGAAUGCACAGAAAUGGUUCUAUUCUCAAUCUCAAUCUUCUCAGUCAUGGAAGCACUUUGAAAAAUGAAGCCAACUGAAGCUGCUCUUGCUUUCUUUUUCUUCAUAUUCCUCUUCUUUAUGAGGAUGCUUUUCUUUCUGCGCAAUAAUCUCAUCACCGUGGCUCCCAGAGCUUCAAUUCGAGUAAGCCCUUUCUCUCCAGUCCUUCAUUAUUAUCCUCCUAAUUCCAAUUUUCUUCCAGCAUUAUCAUCGAACCGUUGUAUUGUAGCUUGUCCUUUGGUUUUUUUCACCAGUUUUCUACUUGUCAUUCGUUUACCCUUUUCAACUAAAUCGAACCCUAGUUCUUUCCUUGAAGAUUUAGAUAAGGAGAACUUGCGUAAUAUCAUUGAACAAGACCGCUGGAACGAUCCUAAGAUCGUUACCUUGUUUGAUUCGGCUGUGGCGCCCAUUUGGGUUCCUAAGUUUUUGGUUGAAUUGAAAGAAUACCCAAUUUUGGCCUUGAAAUUGUUCAAAUGGGUUGGAAGCCGAACUGGGUUUUGCCACACUACUGAGUCUUAUUGCAUUUUGGUUCACAUUCUCUUUUGUGCGAGAAUGUAUCUUGAUGCCAAUAAGAGUUUAAGAGAGCUGGUCUCCUUGAGCCGGGUUUUGCCUGGUUGUGAUGUUUUUGAUGUGUUGUGGUCUACAAGGAAUGUUUGUGUUCCGGGAUUUGGAGUUUUUGAUGCCUUGUUUAGUGUUUUGGUUGAGUUGGGAAUGCUUGAGGAAGCAAACCAGUGCUUUUUGAGGAUGAGGAGAUUUAAGGUUUUGCCAAAAACUCGGUCCUGUAAUGCAUUUUUGCAUAGGCUUUCAAAGUCAGUAAAGGCCGACUUAUCAAGGAAGUUCUUCAAGGACAUGCUUGGGGCUGGGAUUAACCCUUCAGUUUUCACAUAUAAUAUAAUGAUUAAUUAUAUGUGCAAAGAAGGGGAUAUGGAGAGUGCUAGAAGUAUUUUUGCAGAAAUGAAACAGAGGGGCCUGAUGCCCGAUAUUGUGACAUAUAAUUCUCUUAUAGAUGGGGUUGGAAAGGCUGGGAAGUUAGAGGAAGCAGUUUGCUUAUAUGAAGAAAUGAAAUAUGUAGGUUGUGAGCCUGAUGUAAUAACUUUCAAUGCUUUGAUUAAUAGUUUUUGUAAAUUGGAAAAACUCCCUCGAGCUUUGGAGUAUCUCCAUGAGAUGAAGAAUCAUGGGUUGAGACCGAAUGUUGUGACUUAUAGCACACUAAUUGAUGCCUUUUGUAAAGAAGGCAUGAUGCAAGAAGCACUUAAAUUUUUUGUGGACAUGAGACGAGUUGGUCUGUGUCCUAAUGAAUAUACCUAUACUUCUUUGGUUGAUGCAAAUUGUAAAGCAGGUAAUUUAACUGAAGCGUUGAAGCUGACAAAUGAGAUGUUAAAUGCAGAAAUGAAGUUGAAUAUUGUUAGUUAUUCAGUUUUAUUGAAUGGCCUUUGUGAGGAUGGAAAGAUAGAGGAAGCAGAAGAAGUCUUUAUGGAAAUGCUGAAUGCUGGAUUAGCUCCUAACUUGCCAAUUUAUUCUGCCCUUGUUCAUGGGUAUAUUAAGGCUAAGAAUAUGGAGAAAGCUAUGGAUAUAUUGAAAGAAAUGAAGGAGAAAAAUAUCAAACCUGAUUUGUUAUUAUAUGGAACAAUUAUUUGGGGUUUGUGCAGCCAAAGUAAGCUUGACGCAUCUGAGCUUGUGGUCAAUGAAAUGAAGAGUUCUGGUCUAAGUGCAAAUCAUUACAUAUAUACCACUCUUAUGGAUUCGUAUUUUAAGGCAGGAAAAACUACGAAGGCACUCUCUCUUUUGCAAGAAAUGCAUGACUGCGGAAUUGAAGUGAAUGUUGUAACUUAUUGUGCAUUAAUUGAUGGUUUGUGCAAAAAUGGUUUGGUGCAGGAGGCAACUAACUAUUUUGCUAGGAUGGUUGAAACUGGUUUGCGACCUAAUGUUGCAGUCUAUACAGCCUUAAUGGACGGGUUUUGUAAAAAUAAUUGCAUUGAGGCAGCUGAGAAGCUGUUCGAUGAAAUGCUAGAAAAGGGUAUAAUUCCUGAUAGAGCUGCAUUCACCACUCUAAUUGAUGGAAACUUGAAACAUGGUAAUCUUCAGGAAGCUUUGAAUUUGCGUGACAGAAUGAUUGAAAUGGGUAUGGAGCUUGAUCUUCAUGCAUAUACGUCCUUGAUCUGGGGGUUUUCUGAGUGUGGUCAAGUGCAACAAGCAAAAGUGUGGCUUGAUGAAAUGGCUGAAAAGGGUAUCUUUCCUGAUGAGAUAUUGUGUGUUUGUCUACUAAGAAAAUACCAUGACCUAGGGAAUGUAGUUGAAGCUGCUGAAUUGCAAAAUGAGUUGGUGAAAAGGGGUUUAAUUAAGGGGACGAGCAAUUAUACAGUUCCUGAUGCUAAAACUUGAGAGCAGGUGUGCAAUUCCCAACUUUUUCCGAGCAACAUUGGACUUUUGUCCUCCCGAAAUUGAGUGUGCAAAGACCCCAUUAUGAGAAUAUUUCAAAUUCUGGCUUGUGCCAGAAUAAGGCUACUCAAGAUGGAUGCUGCAUAUCAAAGGAAAUGACAAACAAGUAAAGCUUAUAUUGGCAGGUGCAGUUUUGGUCUCCAGAUAUCUUACUACACUAGAAGUCCCAUUAUAUCCCCUUAAAUAUAUGGGAGGUUCAUCUUUCUUGUAGUUUGGCAACAUCAGUGCCUAUGUUCUAAUUUUGUAAUGUGUCGAACUGCAGGACACUUCUGCCCUUUUAAGUAUAUUUCAAAGCCUGAUUCAUGAUGGGGUGCUUCGAACAUAAACACCUGAUUUUUGUUCAGAUGGGCAAUGACUGUGAUGUGAUACUACUUUCAAAUUGAAUCCCAGCAACCUUUUAGAAUUCUAUAGGCAGCUGUCGGCUCAAGCAGGCUGUGAUGGUUGCGGCUGCUGAUCCUUUUACAUGCUCUGUAAUAUGUAUACAUGUCUACACCAUCUUGUGAGAUUUCAUACAUUUCAUCUGGUGAUUUGGUAUCAUUGCACUUGACUACAGAUAGGAUACUACAGAGCUUGGGCAGCAAUAGCUAAAAAAUUGGUGAAAGCUUUGGAGCUUCAUCUUGUUAAGUCUACCAUGACACAGGAAGGACUAGCUUUUGUCUGAAAUCGCGGAUUACAGGUUCAUUUUUUGCAAGUGAUGCUUGAAAAUUUUCUCAGUGGUUCAAGGAGACUUCAAUAACUCACUCUGUCGGAUGAAUCCCCGGUUGUUGAAAUUUUAUAUCUUAGUGGUGCUCUAGUUUGCUCUUUUACUAAACUAGGAAAUAAAGUAGCCUUGUACAAUGCCAUUUCUUUUUGUAUAAAGAGACUGAAAAGCCAUACUAUUGCAAUUCCUCUUGUAAUUGUGUAUUUGGUUUCAUAUAUAUGAAUGUCCUGUCUGGUUUUGCUUA